AUGGCGAAUAACACAUCAGUAGGCGAUUUCGGUCCUUAUCGCUUUGUUUGUCUUUUCUUUGGAUAUCAUUCUGGUCCAAAGCUGGACAAGUGGCGUAUCGUACACACUCUGACUCUAGUGAUACUCAUAAGUUCUUGUAUUUAUUUAACCGAGCCGCCAGCUUUAACGAUGGGCGUCUGCGUGGAGUACAUGCUGUACAUCACCAUAUCCAUGAAGCUUCGAGAUAGGCACUUGCAUCAAUUCUACCGGCCAAUACCAGCUAUUGACUCGUUGCCACACGCAAAAGCCAUCUACAGCAACAUCAGAAAGCAUCAAAUAAUCGCUCUUUGCGUGUGGAUGGCGUACAGGAGUGUAAGCGCUGUGAUUGUCAUCGGCCAGUCCAUUGUCACCGUUGAAUUCUGGUCCAAAACUAAUUUCGCCCAUAUAUUGAUGACCGUGAUCUUCCUGUGCACCACCACGUACAGACUACAACUACUGAUAUUUGUUGUGAUCUCUUUGCUGAAAGUCGUGAGUUUCGUAUUUCUGCCGCUGUUAAUGAUAUUUAGACUUACCAUGCCCUACGUUCCCUUCAUCUGCAGUGUAGUACUGUUGGACCUGGUUCGCGACGAGCUGGAGCGUAUCAAUAUGUUAACUAUUCAAGCGUAUAUACAGUGUAAAAACGAACGCUGGCGUUCGGAGAUACAGCAGCUGCGCCAGGUGCUGGUGAGCCACCCGCUGCAGUACACGCUGUGGCGCAUCGUGCCUCUGUCGCUCUACCCCGUGCUGACCACGCUCUCCUUCUGGAUCGUCACCAGCAUGGGCAUCGUACAAAUUAGCUUUCAUUAA